GAGCAGAGACACAGUGCAGAAGAAUCGGCGAUGAUGGAAGAACGCCCUCUCGAAAUUUCCACAACCACCGCCUGGAACUCUUCGCUCAGGUCAGUAAAGUCCUACAUUCUCCAAAUAUCUCAUUCAAUCCAUCGCAUAUAGCUAGGGACGAUAACGACGACGACGACGAAAGCGCGCCCUAAUACAAUGUCAGAUGAAGAAGACUCCAUGGAAUUAGAUAGGUUCGUAGUCGAGAAAUGCCUCAGGUGCGGCGGCGACGGUGCCAGUAUGAAAUUGCUGGUGUGUAGUGUGAUUGGGUGCCUGAUUGCUAUCCACGAGGAGUGUACGUCUUCCCAGCCUGAAAUUGAUGAGACUGGAAAGUUCUACUGCCCUUACUGCGCUCACAAGAGAGCGCUGGUGAGGACAGAGAAGCUGAGGAGGAAGGCGCUGCGGGCCAAGGAGGUUCUGUCCAUGUUUAUUAUGAGCCGUGAAGUUAGUAUUUUGGGGAAUGGUGGAGAUGAAGGUGCGGUGCGGAAUGUAGGAGAAAUUGAAGGCAUUGGGAUGGAAGCAGAUGAGCAUGUAAGUAAGGGGAAUUCCGAAGAGCAAUGUGUGUUGGAGAGACAUGAGUGUGAUAAGAGGAUUGAGGAUAAUGCAGGUGAUGGAAUUAAUCAACGAGAUGGAGAUAGUGCAAGGGGGAAUGAAGGGAAGAGUCCGGGAGAAGAACAGAUGCGACCGGAGGUAAUGGAGGUGCCUGAAUCAGGUGAUUUCCAGGGCGGUUCUCCUGUGUUGCGAAAGAAGCAUUAUAAGAAAAGAGCUCAGAGAGUGCAGGUUCAGCGUGUGAUUCCGUUGAGGAUAGUGUCUUCUCCAUUGAGAAAAUCAUCCUCUUGCCAGACUGAAGCUGUGGAGGAGGAUGGCGAGAAGCCAAGUGAGAAAGACACUAGCUCCUCUGCCUCCGAGUCUAGAAAAGUUUCGGAAUUGGACCAUAAUAAUGAGAAAGGUAAUGACUCCGUCAAGUUGAGUGACAUUCCAGAGUUGGACCAAAAUAUUAAGGCUGCUACUUCCUCCGAGUUCAGAAGAAGUCCAGAGUCGAACCAAAAUGAGAAAGUUACUACCUCCUGCUUUGAUUUAAACAAAGUUCCAGAAUUAGACCAUAAUGAGAAAGCUACUAUCAACUUGUCUUCUGAGUCGAGAGAAAUUCCAGAGCCAAGCCAAAAUGAGAAAGCUACUGAGGUCCUCUCCAAGUCAAGAAAAGUUCCAGAUUCUAACCAAAAUGAGAAAACUACCUCCUCCACUGAGCCAAUAAAAGUUCCUGAAUCUGGAAGGCGGAGGAGAUUUAACUGGACAGCUGAUGAGUUGAAAAUGUUAAAGGAGGGAGUACAAUUAUUUUCUGCCCGAGUAAACAAAAAUAUUCCUUGGAGGAAAAUUUUUGACCAUGGUAGUCAUGUUUUUCAUAAGACUCGGACUCCAGAUAAUCUUAAGGAUAAGUGGAAGGUCCUGUGCAGAGAAGCCUCUGACAAAAAACAAACUUGAUCAGUUGGACUCUGAGUAAAAGUCUAUAACAUUGUUCAGGAGGCAAGCAUCAUUGUGAAGCUUUGGAAACUUCACGGAGGAAGGAGCUUCACCCGUGUAACAUAUGCCGAGUUUGUAGAAAGGAUGCUGUAUGUGGGAACCAGCUCAUUGUUUUCGGUCAAAUUUAGUAAACAUCGACA